CCUCCUGCUCGGCGCCGCCUGGCGCGGCGCCCCCGUGUCCAAGAUGGGGACAGUCAAGUGCGGGCUGAUGAAGAACUUCACCCGGGAAGAGGGCACCUGUCACAACAAAAUCUCCAUCAUCGGAACCGGGUCGGUGGGCAUGGCCUGCGCUGUCAGCCUCCUGCUGAAAGGCCUGAGCGACGAGCUGGCCUUGGUCGACAUUAAUGAAAGCAGAAUGGUGGGCGAGACCAUGGACCUGCAGCACGGCAGCUGCUUCGUGAAGAUGCCGACUAUCGUGUCCAGCAAGGAUUACCGGGUCACCGCCAACUCCAACAUCGUGGUCAUCACGGCGGGCGUCCGCCAGGAGAAGGGAGAGACGCGCCUCGACUUAGUCCAGCGCAACGUGGCCAUCUUUAAGUUGAUAAUUUCCAAUAUCAUCCACUACAGCCCGUGCUGCAAAAUGAUCAUCGUUUCCAACCCGGUGGAUAUCUUGACCUUCGCGGCCUGGAAGCUGAGUCAUUUUCCCGCCAACCGUAUUAUCGGAAGUGGUUGUAACCUGGACACUGCCCGCUUCCGUUUCCUGCUUGGGCAGAAGCUGGGGAUCCACCCCGAGAGCUGCCACGGGUGGAUCCUGGGGGAGCACGGAGACUCGAGCGUGCCAGUCUGGAGCGGGGUGAACAUCGCCGGCGUCCCCCUGAGGGCGCUGAACCCGCACAUCGGCACUGACCGCGAUCCGGAGCAGUGGAGCACCGUCCACAGAGAGGUGAUAGCCAGCGCCUACGAGAUCAUUAAGAAGAAGGGGUACACCUCUUGGGCCGUCGGCUUAUCGGUCGCCGACAUCGCGGAAAGUAUCCUGAGGAAUCUGAGGCGAGUGCACCCCGUGUCCACCAGAAUUAAGGGUCUGUAUGGAAUAAAUAAAGACGUGUUUCUCAGUGUGCCCUGCAUCCUGGGCGAGAACGGCAUCACAGACCUGGUCAUGGUCAAGCUCUCCCCGGAGGAGGAGGCCAGCCUGAAGAAGAGCGCCGACAUGCUCUGGAAGAUUCAGGAGCCGCUCAAGCUUUAAGUCAUGUCAAAGUAGCAUUUGGAAGUCACUGAAGAAGAGGUGGUAGUGAGGGGAUUGCACAGGUCAUUUUUAAGUUCUAAAAGAAAUAAAGGGAUAGAGUGACCCCAGUUUAUUUAGCCCCCAAAUACUGGGUGAUUUUUUACUGUUCUUCAGUGACUGAGUACAUGUUUUGGGACCACAGCUCUCGGGGUGAGGACGUGGUUGUCACCUGCCCCACCCCCCAUGGUGGAGCCACCCGUUGUGUUGAGAUGCCUAUUCUUGUCACCGAGUCAUGUUACUUUCCUGAUAGCUGUGUUUAUUUAAAAGCCAUUUCUUAGAAAGUAUAAAAAUAAACAUAUGGGCAAAAGUGCUUUCUGGGGGUGCCUUCAUUCCCUGUGACAGCCUGUCAGCGCGGCCCUUUGAAUGUGUGUGGGGGCGGGUGUCCCCUCUCAGGG